AUGGCUCUCUCUCAAUGUGAUGGUAGGAUGGCCGUCAGCACCUUGGACGAUGAGAGUGACAGUGAGGCCAGCUCCGUUCUGAGCCAGAUCUUCUCAGACAACGGGUCCGACGACGAGUCUGCCAGUGAUUUGGAGUCAGACAACGAGGAAUCAGAUGAUGAGAGUGAUUCAGAUGACGAUGAUCUCCACGAUGAAGGUCAACUGUCCGCAGAAGAGUAUUUGGCCAUAGCGGAGAAUCUGAAUGUCUCUCAGCUUCGACAGAAACGGUACAGUCCAAAUACACAGGAUAAGUUGGACGAGACCCGUGAGUACUGGGAUAGGUACUGCCGGCACAUUCACGUGGACCCCGUCCAGCAGUGGAAGCUCAUCUCCGACUCCGAAGACACAGUCCGUUUUCUUUGUGCCUUCUUUAGCUGGCGGUGCGAUAUUCGUCGUGGAAAAAACGGUCGUCACUGCCCCGGGAUCAAAUAUAAGAGUUCGCUUCAGUCAUUUUGGAAAUGGUGGCAUCUUGUUCUGAAGCAAGAGACCUUGUCAGGACUCAGCAAAGAUACGAUCGUCAAGGUGGAGGAUGUCAUAGCACUAGUAGCGACCGAGAAAAAGCUGAAAGAGCAUCGAAGGCCAAAAAAGAAUAUAUAUAUUGAAGAUGUAUCCGAGUUUGCGCGUGUCCUGUUGUCCACCACCGAAACGAGUUUUGGAUGUGGUUGGCGGCGGAUCCAACUUCUUUUCUACACUCAGCUCGCUGCUAUUACUGCAAGCCGUCCUGGAGCCCUCUUACAUCUUCGCUAUCAGGACCUGGGACUCAAGCUUAUCCGUGAUCCGGAAGGAGGCCGACCGAAUUUGCUUAUUUUUUUGAAGCCAGAAUUCACCAAGAAAUUUCUUGGGAAGAAAGCCCCGAACGAAUUCAAAAUCCCAGAAAUCAUCUUUGAUCCAAUACUGGCUCUUAGUCCGCAUGUCUGUCUGCUGAGUAUGUUAUUCCACAUCGAGGGCUUCAAGAGAAUCACAAAGAAUGGUCCCGUACUGGAUAAUGCACAGAAACUCUAUAGCCUCGGCAUUGGUGACGGCUUAAAUCAGCAGGACCUGAAACUGAAGGACGAAAUACUGGAUAAAUAUGUGUUUUGUCAGGUGGAGCGGGAGACAACCGGAUAUCGGAUUGUUUUGGAAAAGCGAAUGCUCAGCUCAACAUUGCGAUCUCAAAUGCGUCGUGUUGGCGAAAUCACAACAUUUGAAGACAUUGUUAAACCCUAUCUUCUUCGGUAUGCGGCAGCCAAAGAGUUCAAUAAUAGUGAGGAAAUCUCGGAGGCCCUACAGAAUGUCAUGAUGCAACACUCUGACAUUCGAACGUUCAUCCAACAUUACGAGGUCGAUGUUGACGUGGACGCCCAGGGCGUUGUCCGCAAGACAGGUUCUCAAACGCCAUUAGUACGAUUUGCUUGCUCGCUCAGUGCGUCAAUUGAUCCGAAUCGACCGUACAAGUUGUCUACCGAAGAAUCCAGGUCUAUUAACGAUCUUCCGGCGGUUCGUGCACGGCAGGAUACCGUCCAGAGACGGAAACGGAAAUGGAACGCUCAAGCAGCCAAGUAUGAGCGAGACCGUAUAGCCUGCAAAGCCCUCUUUGGCCAUCUCGAUGAAGGAGCGCUUUCCAAAUGCCACCGUCGGCUGCGAGAUAAGCUGGAAGUUUCCCACCACCGGACAAUGGAAGCGAAGCGACGGCACAACCGAGCGGUUCGUGCACUACGCAAUGAGAAGCAACGACAAAAGAAUCAACGGAUUCGAGAGAAUCUGGAGCGUUACCGGAACGAACAACCCGUGAUCGACUUGGAAUGCCAGCUGGCAGGGUUGAUGGUCACUCCUCGGGUCAAGAAGACCUUACAGGACCGGGAUUCGAUGUCUGCGCAGCAUCUGGCUUUCAUUGACUGCAUGAUGGCUAUACCAGGUAAAACUCUCGAGGCAGAGUAUCAGCGCCGGAUUGCGGCAAUCGAUGCUGGCACUGUGUUUUGCGGUGUGGAAGAAGGCCGGCCCACACGCCGAGGAGCUCAAUCUCCUCGCCGACCUGCACCCGAUGACGAAGAUUCUCAUCGUUCUGCUAAACGGCAGCGGGUCGUCGUCAAGGAGGAGACAGAUAAUGCCCUGCGUCACGCGAUCGAUUCUGUUCGAGUCACGUCCCGGGAAGAUCGACCGACUAUCUGUUUCAUCUGCGUUGGAAAUCCCAAUAUUCCUCUAAAAGCUCGAAUUGCAAAGUACGCAACACCCGGCUCGCUAACCCGGCAUUUUUUGCGAAAACACGUGAGUCCACCGUGGUCUUCCAAUCGAGUUGUGUGUCAUGUGUGUGAUACAGCUCCACUACAAGACAAAUUGGACCUUCUCAGUCAUGCUGAGGAUGCCCACGGCACUGUCAUCAGAGGACGGAUUCAGGAAACGCUGGCUCUAGAACAUCGAAAAGUGUAUUAA